AUUCAUUUUUUUAUCUUCCUUACAUGCGUGUUCGGACCCUCAUUUUUUAGGUUUAGUUCACCCGUUUCAGUUUUAGUCCAUAAAGUGCACUAUUUGUAGCAUGAGCAAAUUCAAUUUUUACAUUGAAAUCUAUGAGGAUCAGUUUUUUCGGUGAUUAUUCCUCCGUGGCAAGUCCGAUUUAAAAUUUUUUUUUCUAUGUCCAUCUGGAUGUACGAACGCAUGUGUGUGCAAAAUUUGAUGAGAAUUGGUUGAGUGGUGCAAAAGAAAAAUGCGGACAAAGAAGUUGGAAAAUCAAGUAUAAGAGCUUCGCUCAAUUAUAUAUAUAUAUAUACACACACACACACAAAUUUGUUAACCGACAACAUGGAUUUUAACUAGUUGAAAAUUAUAAAUGUCAUCCUUAAACAGCAUCACAUACGUUUCAUAUGAUUGUUAAUGAACCGUUAAGGGUGAAUUAAUAAAAUGUCAAUAAAUAUUGAUAUUAAAUUAAAGCGAGCAAGCAAAAUAUAUCAUGAAGGGGAAAUAGUUUCUGGUUUUAUAUUAUUAAAAACUAAUUCAGAUGUUAAACACGAUGGAAUAUUUCUAAGUAUGGAAGGUUCGGUUAAUUUACAACUUAGUUCCAAAAAUUUUGGUAUCUUUGAAGCUUUUUAUAAUUCUGUGAAGCCGAUACAAUUAGUUCAGUAUACUAUAGAUGUAGUUCCAAGUGGAAAAAUACCGAGUGGUAGAACAGAAAUACCGUUUGAACUGCCAUUGAAGCCUAGAGGAACCAAAUCUUUAUACGAAACAUACCACGGAGUGUUUGUAAAUAUACAGUAUCUUAUCCGUUGUGAUAUAAAGAGAAGUUUUUUGGCAAAAGAUGUAAGCAAGUCUCUAGAGUUCAUAGUGGAAGAUAAAGUGCCUCCAAAGAUAGAGAAGGAACCUAGUAAAUCAGUGUCUUUUAAAAUUAUGCCAGAGUCUUUGCAGAAUACAAGAGAUAGAACUAAUGUUCCUAGAUUUUGUAUUUCAGGAAAACUAGAUUCAUUAUACUGUAAAGUUUCUGAACCACUGUCGGGAGAGGUUGUAAUCGAACAUUGCGAAGCUAUAAUAAAAUCUAUUGAAUUGCAAUUAGUCAGAGUGGAGACAUGCGGAUGCGCAGAGGGAUAUUCUAGAGAUGCUACGGAAAUACAGAAUAUACAAAUCGGAGAAGGCAAUGUUUGUACAAAUUUGCCUAUACCGAUAUAUAUGAUAUUUCCAAGAUUGUUCACAUGUCCUACAUUAAGUACAAGUAAUUUUAAAGUCGAAUUUGAGGUAAAUCUAAUUGUAAUAUUCGAAGACGACUAUUUAGUCACAGAAAAUUUCCCCAUUAUAUUGUCAAGAUAUUAAGUUUUAUAGGGAAAUACAAUAUUGU